CAGUCAGUUGUUCGCUACCGGCGCGCGGACUCAGACGCAUCGGGGCUUCUUGGGUUUAGAAUUUGUAGAGUAGUUUCAUUUAUUCGUUUGUAACAACUUGUGUUAAGGUUAUUCGGUAGUGAUGAGAGUGAAUUGCGUAUUGUUUCUGUUGCUGCUGGCAGGUGUUGCCGUUAGUGGUCAGGGUAAUUUGUAUGAACUAUCGAUUAUACACAUCAAUGAUUUUCACGCGCGCUUCGAGGAAGUCAAUACGGCCAGUACCAGCUGUAAUAGGGCGGCCGGAGAUGUUUGCGUAGGCGGAUAUGCGCGAACGGUGACCGUUGUUAAAGAUCUGCUGACCAAACGAACCAAUCCGUUGUACCUGAAUGCGGGGGACAAUUUUCAGGGAACUUUGUGGUACAACAUCCAUCGAUGGAACGCCACGGUAGAGUUCCUAAAUAUGCUUCCGGCCGAUGCCAUGACUAUUGGCAAUCACGAAUUUGAUCAUGGUGUGGAAGGGGUGGUUCCUUUUCUGAAUAACAUUAACUCCCCGGUGCUUUUGGUCAAUGUGGACAACUCCAAGGAGCCGGAGUUCAAAAAAUUCCAAAAAUCAAUGAUAAUCGAGCGAAAUGGACGCAAGAUCGGUAUCAUCGGUGUCAUUCUGAAAACCACAGACAAUAUCGCAAACACCGGGGACCUUCGAUUUGCAGAUGAAACUCAAACGGUUCGAGCAGAAGCAGAAGCUCUGAAGGAGCAAGGCGCCAACAUCAUUAUCGUGCUGUCCCACUGUGGUUUGGAUGUGGACGAAAUAAUUGCAGCCGGUGCCGGACCAGACAUCGACAUCAUUGUCGGAGGCCAUUCGCACACAUUUCUCUAUACCGGGGAUCACCCAUCGAUUCCGGGUGUCGCCCAGGGGGAGUACCCAACGAUCGUCACUCAACCAGGCAACGGUCAUAAAGUGUUGAUCGUGCAGGCUGCAGCCUACACCAAAUUUGUCGGAGACAUUCGGCUGUUCUUCGAUGACGCCGGCAUCAUUCAGCGCUGGGAGGGCAAUCCGGUUUAUUUGGGACAUGAUGUGGUGCCAGAUCCAGACAUCGUUCAAGCUCUAAUUCCGUGGAAGGAAGCUGUAGACAUACAGGGAAACCGCCGAAUCGGCAACUCAACGGUCGAUCUGCUCAAAUCGAACUGCAACUAUGGCGAAUGUAAUUUGGGCAGUUUCAUAGCCGAUUCGAUGGUGGCGGCCUUCAUCCCGGCAGCUGAACCAGGCCACUGGACCUACGCUGCCGUCGCUGUGGUUGCUGUCGGUGGAAUUCGUGUCAGCAUGUUUAAAGGAGAUCUAAACUUCAAAAACCUCAUCGAAGUGUUGCCGUUCGAAAAUUCUUUGGUGUGCGUAGAUCUUCGAGGUGACCAACUGCUUGCCGUAUUGGAGUACUCGGUGGAGAAAUCCUGGGACGUGGAUAAGUUCAACGGAGCCAACAUGUUGCAGGUUGCCGGUCUUCGAGUCGAAUACAACGUGACAAAUCCAAUCGGCAACCGAGUCACCGCGGUGCACGUUCGGUGCUACGACUGUCAAGUGCCUCGAUACGAUGACCUCAAGCCACUCAAGUUCUAUCGGGUGGUAACAAAUUCUUUCAUUGCCGGUGGAGGGGAUGGAUUCGAGGUGUUCCCUCGAUUCGGGCGCAACAAGCGAAUCGGACCCGUUGAUGUGCAAGCCUUCGAAGAUUAUAUUGCCUCAAAAUCUCCCAUCAUACAGGGUAUCGAGGGUAGGAUUAAGGUGCACACUUGAAAAGGGUCAGUGUGU